UGUCCAGGGGAAGAAGAACUCCAAGGAACAUUCCAAGAUAUCGUUAUGACAGCCAUGUCUAAUGUGUUGGCCAUCACCUUUCUUUGCUUUCUAGCCUUGUCCUCAGCGUGUUAUAUACAGAACUGCCCCAUAGGGGGAAAGAGGUCGGUGAUAGACUUCAUGGACGUGCGAAAGUGUAUUCCAUGUGGACCAAGGAACAAAGGUCACUGCUUUGGGCCCAACAUCUGCUGCGGAGAGGAGCUGGGUUGUUACUUUGGCACCACCGAGACCUUGAGAUGCCAAGAAGAAAACUUCCUACCUUCACCAUGUGAAUCUGGAAGGAAGCCAUGUGGAAACAAUGGAGGAAACUGCGCAGCCUCUGGCAUCUGCUGCAACCACGAGAGCUGCACGAUGGACCCGGCAUGUGAACAGGACUCUAUGUUUUCUUAGUUGGUGUCCUCAGACAUGGUAGAACUUCUCUACUGUCGCGAAUCCACUUGACAACCAAACUGGCCAUACAACCAUAUGAUGCCGCUGUGUAUAGAUGUACUGUACAGUAAAUAAAGACCUGAAACAUG